CUUCUCCUCUGAGCCAGUCCGCUGUGCGGCGGUGGGGAUUGUGCAGUCAGCCUUUGCACUGGGGCACGGUGUAACUGUGCUGCUGUAGCUGCUGACAUUGAGUAGUGAGGCAUAGAGCGAGCUAGAGAGAGAAUCCCAGCCACGUAAGUAACUAUUAAUACAUGGUGGAGGGAUGAUGUCUUGCUGAAAGGGAUCGGCCCGGCCAUCCCUUUCUUCCCCCUUCUCCUGCCUCUAGGAAAUAUAUCAGAUCCCUGCAAUAUUUUUUUGAGAGUGAUUGCAAUUUCUCCCCUCCUCCCCCGCCUUGCACAUUCCCCGACCCUAGAGAAAAGAAACCGCCAGGAUUUUUCUCCCUGCAGUUUGUUUUGCUUUCUUUUGUGCGUGAAUUCUGUUAAAGCGCUUGGAGGCCCUGCGGGAAAACACACGAAAAAAAAACCUCGUGCAAUGGAUAGCUAAGACUCUUGAUCGUGUCCUUGAUUGCACUUUUUCUUUGAUUAAAACAACAACAAAAAUCUUGCGUUGCAUAAUUGUGUGGAUAUUUGUGCACAUUUGUUUUUUGCUUUUGCAGUUCAUUCUGUUCGGGGGAAAAAAAGAAAUCCAAGGCAAACCGAAGUAUUUGUGCGGGUUUUUUUUUUAUAGCUAUACUGUAUCUUUUGUCGGCUCUGCUGCUGCCGCUGACCGCUCUUUUAAGUUAAAUGCUCCCUCUAUUUUUUGUUGAAUUUCUGGAUAGCCCUUGCUAUCAGAGGAAAGGUUCAGACGCCAUCUACAGUUAAAACGUAGGCAACUUUUUUUUUCUUUUGCCUUGUAUUAAAAAGAGAGAAAGAGAAAGGACAAUCCAGUCCUUUAUGCAGCACGUUACUUAACCUUUUUGGGGUUGAGUGUAUUAAAAAUUUUAGUAGGCGUUCAGGGCACCAGAGACUGAUACCGAAUCAGCCUCCCCCUUCCUUUUCCCCCCUCUUUGCUCUAUUUAUAUUACAGUCUCCCUGCGAGGCUGCGUUCGAAAACGGAACGUUGCAGCUCUCCACGUUCUCAAAUUAGUUACUUUGUUGCUCUCUGAAAAAAGACAAAAUCCAACAGUCAAACGAGUCGGUUGCCGUACAAGAAACAAAAGGACCUGCGACUAAAUCCUCUUUCUCUGAUCACACGGUUCUCAGCACGCUGCUCUGAAGCUGACCCGCUUGCAAAACAAUCGCUUUGAUAUUAUUGUGGGUUAUUAUUUUUGGUACUAUUAAUCUACGUAACCCACCCCCUUUAAUAACAACACAAAGGCAGCUGCAGCUGGACUGGCAAGUGACUGAUCUUAACCCAGGGGUUUGGUAUAUAACUUUGGUUGGUUCUUUCAAUACCCAUGAACAUACAAAGGUCAACCCCUAUCACAAUAGCGCGAUAUGGGAGACCUCGGAAUAAAAACCAGGAUUUUGAAGAACUCUCGUCUAUAAGAUCUACCGAGCCAAGCCAGAGUUUUAGUCCUAACCUAGGCUCUCCGAGCCCACCAGAGACUCCUAACUUGUCGCAUUGCGUUUCUUGCAUCGGGAAAUACUUAUUGUUGGAGCCUCUUGAGGGAGACCACGUUUUCCGAGCCGUGCAUCUGCACAGUGGAGAAGAGCUGGUUUGCAAGGUAUUUGAUAUUGGUUGCUACCAAGAGUCAUUAGCGCCGUGUUUUUGUCUACCUGGACACAACAGUAUCAACCAAAUUACUGAAAUAAUUCUUGGGGAGACAAAAGCGUACGUGUUCUUUGAAAGAGGCUAUGGGGACAUGCAUUCUUUUGUUCGUACCUGCAAGAAGCUAAAAGAAGAAGAGGCAGCCAAACUGUUCUACCAAAUAGCUUCUGCUGUUGCACACUGUCAUGAUGGUGGACUGGUAUUGCGGGAUCUCAAACUGCGAAAAUUUAUCUUUAAGGAUGAAGAAAGGACUAGAGUAAAAUUGGAAAGUCUAGAAGAUGCGUAUAUUUUACGAGGAAACGAUGACUCUCUUUCUGAUAAGCAUGGAUGCCCGGCCUAUGUGAGUCCAGAGAUCUUGAACACAAAUGGUAGCUACUCUGGCAAAGCAGCAGAUGUCUGGAGUCUAGGUGUCAUGCUUUACACCAUGUUAGUUGGACGCUAUCCUUUCCAUGACAUUGAGCCUAGUUCUCUCUUCAGCAAGAUCCGUCGUGGGCAAUUUAACAUUCCAGAGACUCUGUCCCCCAAGGCAAAAUGCCUUAUACGUAGCAUACUGCGCCGGGAGCCAUCGGAACGGCUGACUUCACAGGAAAUUCUGGACCAUCCCUGGUUUUCUACAGAUUUUAAUGUCUCUAAUUCGGGAUACGGUGCUAAGGAAGUAUCAGAUCAGCUGGUGCCUGAUGUCAACAUGGAAGAAGAUUUGGACCCAUUCUUUAACUGAGCACCAAGACUGGUGUUCAGAAGGUACAAUGACCUAGAGAUGGCCACAUGAAGGAGUCCUUCCUGACCGUGUUAAAUCACAUCCUGCAUCAGCCUAGCUUGGUAGCAAAAGACACUUGGAGUUCCUUGGUUUGAGAAGGAAUCUCCACAAGGAGCUAAUAUAACAAAUGUAGCAUGGGGACAGAUUUGGGGGGGAGGGAGCCUUGCUAUCAGGUUAGAUUGAUUUGGAGGGGGGGGAAAGGCAGCAUGAAGCAAUUGUAGCUUCUCACCUUUUGGAGCCAAGGAGACUGACUGCACAUGCCAAUUCCAGUGCAGCUGUAUCACUCCUAUUUCUGUUUCAUUAAAAUAGUUGCAGUUCACAACAAGUAGAGAAACUUUUUGCCUCAACACGCAUCUUGGCAUCGCACUGUUAAAUAUUUAACUUCAGCCAUUAUUCAGGGAAAGUACAAUUGGCUAAUAUUUUUUUUUAAAAUCUGAUGUCUAAUAAUUAACGGGAUUCAUUUAAGAAAAAAUUAGAUGCACAUAGACAUGAAAAGUGGGUGCUAAAAAAAUAAACAAAAGUUCAGUUCAUGUCUCUUGAUAGCUAUUUUCAACUCAUAUUUCUUCUAAAUAUACUACUUAAUAUUCUUGUCAGGAAAUGACAUUUUAAUGCUUUGUUCCCUUAAGGGGAAGUAACUGUCAUUUAACAAGCUGUUCUGUUUUGUGUCAAAUGGUUUGUUGCAGGAAGCUAUUAUUACUCAAACUUCCAGAUGCAUUACUGCUAUCAUAGUAAAAGAAGAAAAGAAAACCUAUGUUAUUUUUAAAAGGGUUUGAAAUACUGGCUGCCAUGUUUGCCAUGCUGCACGUAUGUGACUGUAGAGGGCAGAAAGCCCUUGCAUCAGUUCUAGAUUCAGAACCAAGCUUUUGUUUAACUGACUGGCCCACAUGUAAAUAGGGGGCUCUUUAUUGAAGAAAAACAUUAACAUUUUUCUUUUGAAUUCCGCUUGCGAAGGCAACUGUUUUAUUUCUUUGUUUUUGGGGGGUUAUUUUGUUAUGCCCUGAAUAAGAAAUAAAAGGGUAUUAAUAAGCUGAACAUUAUUAUUAUAUGGAUACUUCUCCCGAAACAUACGCAGUAAUAUGCACCUUUUGUAUUGUCAAGACUUACUCUAUUUAUUGAAGAAAAUGUCACAGUUGUGAUGUAUUAAGCCAGUACUUCAAUUACGGGUUGACUUGGGAUGACAUGUUACAUGCUGUAGUUAACACAUUUCUUUUCUGUUCAGGUAUUUCUGUCCCUGAAUAACUUUUUAUUUAGCUUUUUUUUUUUCUAGAUGGCUUUAUUUGAUUUAGACUGGCAAAUGUUUUUAAUUACUGCUUUUAUAUUGCUGUAUGAUAUUGAAAUCUCUUGGCAUAAAUAUUUGUGUUUCCAGUACCUCAGUUGUUCUGAUAUUACUGCCUGUAUACGUUUUGUGAAGUGGUCAUGUUUUUUGGGUAGGUACAUGUGGACUCUGUAGUAUGUAAAUGUUACUUGAAUUUGUGCUCAAUUAUAGUAUGUGGCAUGUGCGUACAGCUGCUUGGCAUUUGACGUAUGGAUGCUAUUUGCCUGCCCGGCAGGGAAGUUACGGUCCCACUCUCGAAGAUGUUUCACGGGCCUUUAUCAAAAGAUGAAGUUAGCUGCAGCUGACCUGCCUUGGUUCUAUUUUGGUAACUAAGACUAUAAAGGGAGUAAUGUUUUUACACUCUGAAGAUGGUGCUGUGUCAAGAAGGACUUUUUUUUUAUUUUAUUUUAAUUUUAUAAGUACCUUGUAGGAGGAAAGAUUGGUGAUGUGCAUGGUGGGGUUUUACUGCCUCUGGUGCUUUGUCAUGUAUUUGGUUUAAUGUUUUUGUCCUAAUCUCUUCAAUAAAUAAAAUUGUGCAUAUUUAACUAAA